CUGGUGUUGAGUUGAUAAAAUUGCUAGAGUGUGAAAAAUUUAAAAUAAUUAUGGAAAAAAUAAAGUUUUUUAAAGAAAAAGCAAUUUAUUUCAAAACAAAAUGGGUCAUACAAAGGCAAUUAACAACCAGGAAAUUAAUUAAACUUUUAAAUUAAAUACUCAUAUAAAACAAAAAUAGAUUUGUUAAAAAAAGUGUUUUUUAAAAAAUGCACAAAUUAUUAAAAGUUUUAGCAUUAAAUUUGCAAAAAUUUGUAUAGUUUUCAAAAAAGAAAAAAAUAUAUAAAAUCUAAAAAAAUUAAGAGAGUCCUAUGUAAUUAGAGCAUAUUUAGAAAAAUCUAUAAAUCAAAAGUAGAGCAAAAAGAAAAGUGGAGAAAAGUCAAUCAAAGAAUAUAACGAUCAAAACAAACAAAUAAAAAUAAUGCAAAAAUGUAAAUAAUAAAUACAUUAGAAAUAUUUAACAAAAAAAGUAAUGUAAUUAUUUCAACUAAAAUUAUAUAACAAUAAAAAGCUUGUCAUGAAUAUUUUAAAUAAAACAAAGGGAGGAAUUUUUACCAUGAAAACAUGUGUAAUGCUAUAGAAAAGGUUUGUUAACAUUCAACUCAUCUGGAGCAAAUAGAUAGUGAAAGGGAAUUUAAAAUGGCGGAGGGUGGUUUAAGCAAUUGUAAACAAUCUACUCUAACGCCGGCAACAAGUGGCGAAUGUGGUGGUAACAACAUAGAAAUGAAUAAAAUCCAUGAACAAAAGGAGUUUAACACUGACAGUAGCAACAGCGGCAGCAAUUGUCUUACUACUUCUGCCACAGCUAAACAAAUAACAACAACAACAAAUAAUGUAAACAAUAGUAAUCCAACCACCCUGAAUAAUAGCAAUAACAAUAACAACAAUAUUAGAAUGAACUACGAAGAUAAUAAUGAUGACGAAGAUGACGAUGAGAGUAAUCAAACAUUUUAUGAAGCUGCCGGUGAACCGGAACUAGUAUUGACAUUUGAAAAAUCAUUGAAAACAACAAAUGACGUCACAUCAUCAUCAUCAUCAGUAACUUUGCCGCCACCACCACCAUUCUCUCUGUAUGGUGUAAAUAAUGCAGAUACUAAUAAUAUUACUACUACUGCCAAUGUGCAAAAACACCAACUACAUUUGGAUGAAAAUUUUUUAAGUGUUCAAAUGGAUGAAAAUGCUACUGCUGCUACUGGUACGUGUGGCGAUGGUCUCAAUGAUUUGGAUGAAGAAGAAUGUGAAGGUGCUGUCGGUAUCAUUUCUUCCAUAAAGGAGGCAUUGAAAGAUGAAGAAGAAAAGGAGUUGAAACUUUUGUAUACGACACAAGAUGAUUUUAUUCAAGUUGAGCAAGAAGUUGAGCAACAGCCUGUUGUGAUGAGGCGAAAGCGAGAUAAAUCUCUUAAAGACUUUAAUCACAUAAAUAAAGUAAACUACUCCAGUGCCGAGGAAGAACAAGCCCAAAAGCAAAGACAACAAACUCUACUAACUACAAAAUCAUGUGAAACUCCAGCUUCUACAACAACACUCUCACCUACAAAUUCCUACAAUGGAAGUAUUGGUAGUGAUGGUGGCGGAAGUGUAGGAGGAGGAGCUCGACGUAAAUCAUGGACUUUGUCGCCACAAAGUGGUACCUCCACACCCUUAAGCGGAGCUAAAAAGAAAGAAAAACGUUCUAGUGUAAAAUCACCUGCUUCCUCCACGCCAACAGCGUCGACAGCCACCGAUUCCUUUAACUUGUGGAUAGCACGUGAAUGUUAUGAAACCGUACCGGCAGAAACGGUAUUCGAAGUUGACGACACUACUCAAAGUAUAGUUAGACCAGCCAGUUUUACUAUAGAUGAAGAGGCCGAUGAAGAAGCGGCGGCAGUGGAAAGUUUAUUGGGAGCGGCGGCAGCUUUACAUGCCUCAGCUAGCGCUAAUAAGGAGGCCCAAAUACAUAGAAGACAAAAACAUUUGCGACAGCCACAGCAUCGGCCUUUAGAAAGAUCUUGGCCCCCUAGAGCUCUGGGCAGAGAUUUUCGUUUACAGGGGGAUGUAUUCAAAUUUGAUAUCUUAGACACUGAUGAUUCUUUGGAGGCAGCUUAUGGUUCCUCCAAUGGAUUUGCUAGUAAUUCUAACAGCUGCAAUAAUUCCCCUUUGUUUCUUUUGAAUAGUGGCAAUUCCUCCUCUAACUCUAGUCCUCAAUAUGAGUUAAACAAUGCCACCCCUUCUUCGCCGGCCAUGAAAUUUAAACCUUUAAUUAAGAAGAAAAUUGGGCCAGAUAGUUAUAUUAACACCAUAACCACCAAAAAAGUGCCAGCUACGGAAACCUAUGAAUUUCCAGCAUUCCCCACUAAAGAGACAACUUCCAUUAAUCAAUUUCCACAAACUCCACCCAAUACUUCCGCUGUAUCUUUGAGACAACAUAGGCCUCUCACUAGAACCCUUUCAAAUGGUAAGGCGGGUUAUGAAGAGCGUCAAUCACAAUCACCUAGUAGAUUAAUGUUGUCUCCCAAACGCCACCGUAGCCCACCAUCAGGUUGCUCUACACGCAGUGCUUCACCUUUGGAUUUUCAAUUAUCACCAGAAGCCCAGGUAUUGGGACAAACACAACAGGUGUGCUCAACAACAAAUGCUAUUGCCGCGGCCACACCUUUAAUACACAACCGACCACAACAACGUUUGCUAAAACGUGUAGGCGGGGUGGGGGCAGGUGCUAAUGCUGCCAAUUUAAUAUGUCCUCCAACACCAACCCACCAUGCUCGACGUCAUGCCCGCAUGCAGGCUGCUGCAGCUGCUAAUAUGGCCAUCACUAAUAAUAACCUAGAUGACACAUAUAUUGGCUCUAGUCCAAGGGGUAGUGGGGGUGGAGCUGAAGCUUUAGGUGGUGGUGCUGCUGCUGUACAUACUAGUCAUUUAGAUUAUAAUUAUUUAUCUGCAAGAACACCACCUUCGUCACCAGCCUUUCAAGGUUCUGCUAGCAUGCGUAACGAGGAACGUGUACGUACUGCUGAUAUUGUGCAAUUGGCAGGAAGCUCUGCCGCUGCGCAUCCUCAUCUAGAGGGUGUAGAAAAUGAGGACGAUGAGGAUGACAAUGCUACUGAUGAUAUGGGUGUGGUGCAUAUAACCAGCACCCGUUUACCCUCUAUACCCGAAAGGGGAGCUGCUGGUGGACUUUUGCGCACAAGCGCUAUUUUUUCAGCCGAAGCUGAUCCUGCUAAUGUACAAGUUGCUGCUGAACCUUUACCCCCCGCCUGGGAAGCUAGAAUGGAUAGUCAUGGACGCAUUUUUUAUAUAGAUCACACUACCAGAACUACAUCCUGGCAAAGACCAGGUUCUAACGGCUCUGGUUCACUCAAUGGUCCCGGUGGUCGAGAGCAACACCAUCGCCAACAGCUAGAUCGCAGAUACCAGUCUAUACGUCGUACUAUAACCAAUGAAAAUCGUUCAAAUGCUAUUGCUGCCGUCACUAAUAAUACCGCCUCCAACGUCAACGACUCGUCAGCUCAACAGACCUCGCAAUCUUUAACACUCCAUCAACACCACAAUAAUAACCCAAAUGCUUCAGCUCAAUCCGCUUUUAACUUUCAACAUGUCAAUCUCUCGGUACACCCAGCUGUUCUAAUGUUAUGCCGUCCGGAUUUUUAUUCCAUGCUUCAUACCAACGAAGAUGCAUUAGCCAUAUACAAUCGUAAUGCUGCCUUAAAACAUAUGGUUAUACGUAUACGUCGUGAUCCUUCGUGUUUUCAACGUUAUCAAUACAAUAAAGAUUUAGUUGCUCUUGUCAAUUCGUUUGCUCAACUAAAUCGUGAUUUACCCUCGUGUUGGGAGACGAAACUCGAUCAGUCGGGUAAACAAUUCUUCAUAGAUCACAAUAAUCGCCAGACUUCAUUUAUGGAUCCACGCUUGCCACUAGAGUGUCCACGCAUAAUACGCCAUCGUCAUCAACAGCAACCUUACGAUUCAAUCGAUGGCAAUUGCAUGUCAUCGGGUAAUCCUCCCUUGCCACCGCCCCGUCCCAUAUCGACGACAUCAACCUCAUCAGCAGUCUCAACAAAUCGUCAAAGUCAAUUUAUGCAAAAUGAUAAUAUGCCACAUUAUACAUCAUCCUCAUCGUCGUCAGCUUAUAAUAAUGGUCCCAGUUCUUCGAGUGUUUCAGCUAAUAAUGGUUAUAAUGAGGUUCCUGUUGCCUACAAUGAAAAGGUUAUUGCAUUUUUAAGACAACCCAAUAUCAUAGAGAUUUUACGUGAACGUCAAGGUCAAAAUAAUGUUUCACGAUCGUUAAGGGAAAAAAUAAAUAUUUUAAGAGUUGAAGGUGUACCAGCUUUGGAAAGAUUGGCGCAUGAUUUACAGCUAACAAUGUUAUUAAGUCUUUUCGAACAAGAGAUUAUGAGCUAUGUGCCCAUAGAAGAACGCAGUCCUCAGGGUUCACCCAUUUUGAAUUCACGCAUGCUACAGCGUGCUCCACCACCAUUUCGACGUGAUUUCGAAGCGAAAUUAAGAUGUUUCUAUAGGAAAUUGGAGUCCAAGGGUUAUGGUCAAGGACCACAUAAAUUAAAAUUACAAAUACGUCGUACACAUUUGCUGGAAGAUGCAUUUCGUCGUAUUAUGUCAGCCAAUAAAAAAGACUUACAGAGAGGCCGUUUGGCCGUCUUAUGGGACACCGAAGAGGGUCUCGAUUAUGGAGGACCAUCUAGAGAAUUUUUCUUUUUAUUAUCGCGUGAACUAUUCAAUCCCUAUUAUGGACUCUUUGAAUAUUCCGCCAAUGAUACAUACACCGUACAAGUUUCACCGUUAUCGGCCUUCGUUGACAACUGUCACGAUUGGUUCCGUUUUAGUGGUCGUGUCUUAGGUCUGGCCUUAGUCCAUCAAUAUCUAUUGGAUGCAUUUUUCACGCGGCCAUUUUACAAAGCUUUAUUAAGACUUCCCGUAGCUUUAAGUGAUUUAGAAUCUUUAGACAAUGAAUUUCAUCAGUCAUUACAAUGGAUACGUGAUAAUGACAUUGGAACCGGCAUAGACUUGGGCUUAACAUUCUGUGUAACAGAAGAGCUAUUGGGUCGUGUGGUGGAGAGAGAACUUAAGCCGGGUGGCAAGAAUAUAAUAGUCAAUGAGAAGAAUAAAAAAGAAUAUCUCGAACGCAUGAUUAAAUGGCGUUUGGAGCGUGGUGUGCAAGAACAAACGGAAUCUUUAGUACGUGGCUUCUAUGAAGUUGUUGAUUCGCGUUUGGUUUCGGUAUUCGAUGCCCGUGAAUUGGAAUUGGUUAUAGCUGGUACGGCUGAAAUAGAUAUUAACGAUUGGCGUUUAAACACCGAAUAUCGUUCCGGCUAUCAUGAUAAUCAUCAGGUUAUCAUAUGGUUUUGGCAAGUUAUAGAGAAAUUUACCAAUGAACAGCGAUUACGUCUCUUGCAGUUUGUCACCGGCACCUCUAGUAUACCCUAUGAGGGUUUCUCAGCCCUCAGAGGUUCCACCGGACCCCGGAGAUUUUGCAUUGAAAAAUGGGGUAAACCGAAUGCUUUGCCCAGAGCUCAUACCUGUUUUAAUCGUUUAGACUUACCACCAUAUCCAACACCGGAAUUACUCUAUGAAAAAUUAUUAUUGGCUGUCGAAGAAACAAAUACUUUUGGUAUCGAGUAAGUUAACGUUAAAAAAAAAAAAGUUACAAAAAGAAAGAAAAAUUAAUAAUACUUGUUACAAAAUUUGGCUUUUUAUUUAAAUUUUCAUUCACAACAUUCUUAUAAAUCUGUUGUUUAAUGAAUUAUAAACGUUAGAGUUUCGUUAAGUGAAGAAAAACAAAACGUGAUAUUUUAAAAAUGUCCUUUAUUUAUAAUAUAAAUUUAAAACCAUAACUAUAUAUGUGUGUAGCUGUAUUUUUUGACAAAUUUUAUUUAUUUUUAUAUUUUCUAUUAUUUAUUUGAAUAGUUUAUUUUAAAUUGUAGUAUUUCCUUAACCUAGUUGUAGUGUCUAAUUGUUGAACUAGUAGUUUGAUUUCUAUUCAAUUUUGCCAGUAUAUGAUUUUAUUUAUUUACCAUACAUUUUUUUUAUAUUAUUUUAAACAAAAUCUCGAUUUGCAUUUGAAACUUAAAAUGAAAUGGAAAUUUGACCGAUUUGACUAUCAUUGCAAACUUGUUUUUAACAUAUUCAUAAAGCAAAAUUAGUUUUUUAUAGCAAACUGCCCUUGUAAAUCUUGCAAAUACACAAAUUAUAAAUGCAAUUUAACACAAUGAGCAAAUGUACAAUUAACUUUUUAUAGUAAACUACCCUUGCAAACCUUGCAAAACACUAAUAAAAAAUGUUUUUGUAUAAGAUUUAAAGCUCUUAAUGAAAUUUGCAAUACUGAGAGCCAUUGCAAAGUUACAUUACAUUGUUAAAAUCCUCUUUUAAACCUUGCAAAAUGUAGCAAUUCUAGAAAAAAUAAUUGUGUUAAAGACGAAUAAAUGAUAUAAUACUUUACACCAUUGCAAAAUUAUUUUUUAAACAAUUUCCUUUGCAAGUGCAGCAAUUUUUACAAAUAAUAAAUGAGAUUUAAUGCAAUUAACAAUUUUGCAAUACUUUUGCAAUCUUGUAAAUCCAAAAUUUUUUACAAAAACAAAGUUUUUACAUUAGAUUUAAUGUAAUAAACAAAUUUGCAACCCUGAAAACAUAACUACCCUUGCAAAGCUUGUAAAUGUAGCAAUUCUUGCUACAAAGUUUAUCCACGAGAUUUAAUAUAAUACACAAAUUUGCAAGACUUAAAAAUGUAUAUUUGAUAGCGCAAUUUACAUAGAAAACUACCAUUGCAAACCUUGCAAAUGAAGCAAUUUUUAAAGAAAAUAAGGUUGAUACAAGUUAUUUUAUACAACAGAAGAUUUUAUCAUAUUUGCAAGAUUGAAAGCCAUUGCAAAGUUUUACUUAAUUGUAAAAAUACUCUUGUAAAGCUUGCAAAUGUUGCAGCUCUAGCAAAAUAAAUUCAAUGAUUUAAUGCAAUUUCGCGAAUUUGCAAGACCAUUGCAAAAGUAUUUUUAAACUAUUGCAACUAUCCUUGUAAACCUUGUAAAGGCAGCAAUAUGUAUAAAAUCAAAGAUUGUACAUGAGAUUUAAUUUAAUAAAAAAUUUUGCAAACCAUUGCAAACGUAUUUUUUAAAGCGGAAUUCAACCUUCUUGCUGACCCUGGAAAUGCACAAAAACAAAGUUGAUACAAAAGAUUUAAUGUAAUAAACCACUUUGCAAGACCAUCGAAACCAUAUUUUUUAUAGCGGAAUUUGUUUUCAAAGCAUACUACCCUUGCAAACUUUGAAAAUGCAACAGUUAUUGUAAAAACGAUUGAAACGCUUCAAAAUUACAGUUUUAUGAGAGAUUUAAGACACUUUACAAGCUCUUGUAAAUGUUUUUUUUAACAAUAGUUAUAGCGCAAUCAACUAUUGAUUAUAAACAACCCUUGUAAACAUUACAAAUGCUGUAAUUCUAGCAAAAAAGUUUGAAGAGUUUGCAUAUGGGAUAAUUAGCUUUGCAAAUGUAUAAAAACCCCAUUGCAAACCUGGUAAACAAAAUUUUAUAUGUGAUCAAUACAACAAAGCUUAUUUGCAAGACUGAAAAAAUACCGCAAAUACAUUUACAAAAAGUAUUUGGUGGAGUUAAAUUUUCAUAGCAAACUGCCCUUGCAAAUGCAGCAAAUCUAUGAAGAAAUGAAUAAAACUCCACAACAAUGUUUGCAAAUGUGAUUUAAUGCUGUUGAGCAUAUUUGCAACACUUAUCAAACUAUCCCAGCAAAUAUGUACAUAAAUCUAACAAUUUACAAGGCCAAAAGCCAUUGCAAGGUGAUAUUGAGAACAGCUUAAACUUAAAAACACCCCCCUGUUUUGGUCUUGCAAACUGACAGUUUUUGCAGUAUUUGUUUUAACUGUAAAGUUUGAAUAAUACAAUUGAAAAAAUUGCAAGACUAAAAACCAGUGUUAAGUCAUUCUUAAAGAUGCAACACCACUUUGAUCUUGCAAAUUGCAAAUUUUUGCACGAUUUCUUGUGUAGUUUUGUGUAGAUUUGUUUACUAUUUGCGACAUGUAAAACCAUUGCCAAGUGAACUAGAGAGCAGUUUAAACUUGGAAACACAAAUCUGUUUUGGUCUUGUAAUUGUAAAUUUGCUAGAUUAAGAGUCCAGGCAAAGAGAGUCAUAAAUAUAGAUAACAUACUGCUCUUGCAAAUGUAGUAAUUCUAAGAAAAUAUUUUGUAACACCACAAAAAUAUCUAGUAAACCUUUGCAAAGUUUCUUGAGAACAGUUUAAACUUGAAAAUACGUUUGGUCUUGCAGAAGUGUUUUUACUAGAUCUUUUAUUCUAUAAAAAGUUCAAAGUACUCUUGCAAAUAUACUACGAGUAAAUAUUUUCAGCUAUUUUAUACAAGUUUUUGUUAUUUGUAUAAAGUAGAACUUGUACAAAUUGCAAAAUUAAUUUCAGAAUAAGUUUUUUUUCUUCCAAUUACAAAUUGUUUCAAAUCGAGAUUUUGUUUUUAUUUUUCUUUAAAGAUUUUAUAUUCUUGUCUUUUUAGUCAUUAGAGUCUAAGUGAUAGAUAUAUUUUUUACUAACUUUAUUCCUUUUAAAAAUCAAUAACAAAAGAAAAUAAUUUUAUGGUCCAUAGUUACUCUUGAAAAGAUGAUAAAAAUAAACUGCAAUGUUUUCAAAAUCAAAAAAAUUUUAUAAAAUUUUUCUUUAAACUUAAUAAUUUAUGGAAAAUCCUGCAAACCAGCCUUUAAUAAUAAUAAUUUAUUAAAGGUUUAUAAAACAAUAUUUAAUUAAUAUUUUAAAUUUCAUUGAAUAUUUUAAAUAUUUUUUUGAAAACAUUGUAGUUUUGUACUUAUGUAUCUUUUUCAAAAAUCUUGUUAUGAUGAAUAUGUAGUUUAGUUUAGUAUUUUAUUCUAUGUAGUACUAAAAAAAACUUGCUAUAAAACCCAGUUACUUAUACAUUCCCUACUAAAACAAAAAUUUUACGAAAAAAAAACUAUUAAUAAAAAAAAUAACAAAUCAUUCCAUUCAAAUUGCAUUUAAAACAAAAUUAAUUAAGUCUUAUAAAAAUUUUAACCCUUAAAAAUGAAAAAGAAAACUCUUGCUAUAGAAAUCCUGCCGUUAUUUAAAGAAAAAACAAUUUUUUAUUUAUAUACUAAAUAAAAUCUAUAAAAUAAAAUUUUAUUUUUUAAAAAACUAAAUUCUCUCUAACUACCUU